UGCAAUUCUGCAUAUUUAUUAUUCAAUUGCACUCCUGCUUUCUGCCUGAUUGGUUAGUUAAACAAAUAUCAAAAUAUAAUAUUUAAAAAUGGAUCUCAAACCGUUACAAAUGGACGCAUACGAAAUCAAGCCGUUCGUCCAACUGGGUAACGCUGAGGUGCCCAAAUUAUUACCAAUUCUGCAAAAAAGAUUGCCAUACUCGGUUUUUGCAUACAAUGCGGUCUUGAUGUAUCCCCGAUUCCUGGACCGGAUGUCAUUUUACACCCUUCACGGAGAAAUUGAUGAAACCACGUGGAUCGUUUCGGUCGUGGUGGCGGAAGACUUCGGUUUGGACUAUACAAUUUCCGCCAGCCAAGAAAGGUUAUCGCGUGACGAGGCCAUCCAAAUCUUGAGCGAUUGUCCCCUCUUCAAAUGGCAUGAGCCCCAUUUCAUCUCCCAGCUGGAGGAAUGGCUGACCUCGAUCAUAUUCGAAGUCAGUGUCAAUAAAAAAGGCAAUGUGGCCGAGUUCCACCCUUGCAAAAUUUUCUGGAUGGAUGUCGAGGACGCUGAGAAGAUCGAAAUUUUGAGCCCGGAAGACGAUCCCUCCCUCCGCAUUCAGAGAUUAGACGUUGACAAAGGCGUCACUUUUAUGACUUCCACGUGGAAAUUCGCCAAGCCCGGGACAGCGAUGGUCAUGGCGAGAAAUAUUUCCAGAAAUGAGUCAGGUGCCGUGUACAUCGACGGAGAACCGGUUUGUGCCGCAAUGACGAUGCCGUUCGGAAUGGUGUCAGCCCUCUACACUUUGCCCAACCAUAGACAAAAGGGUUAUGCAAAUUUAGCCAUGAAAUUCGUCUUUAAAGAACUUGCAAAAAAUGGGAUCAUUCCGGCGUCCGGGGUCGACAUGAGGAACGCGGGGUCAUUCGCGUUUCAUCAAAAAUUAGGGUGCAAAAUGACACAAGGAAUUGUUCACUAUGUUAUUUGUCAUCAGGACGAGUUUUAACGGGGGUUAAAUAUUGCAAAAUAAUUUUGCAAUACAAGUUAAAAUAUUUUUCGAACGAAAUUUCCAACAUCUAGAAUUUGUACAAUUAUAUUUUAUCAUUGCAAAAAUUCAAGUGGACUUAUUGUUCUAACAAAUUAAUUAUUAUGAAAUGAUAAUUUAGCAAGAAUUUUAACGAGGGUUAAAUAUUGCGAAAUAAUUUUGCACGAUUAUUACGAUUGAUAGAAUUUCGUGUUAUGAAAUAAAUAAAACGUGGGAUCAAAAUUUAAUAUGUACCACAUUA